AUGCCGGAGCCAGGGCGGUGGCAACGCGAGUAUGACCGCAACUGGCUUGACUACACACGGCAAGUUAUCGCUCAACGUUUUGGGCAAUAUGCACUUCAGUUAUCGCCGACCGUGAAUCAGGCCGAUGAGCGUCAAUUACAAGAAAUCUUGGCAGAGGUAGGCAUCAAGCACGCCCCGCUCAACCACAAUCGAUGGCACGCACCAUAUUUGGCACCACAGACGUCCUGUGUUGAUCUGAUGCCACAAAGCCCACCUUUUUGUGAUGAGUCGUAUGUUUAUAAUACCCCGCCAUCAUUAGGCAGCCAGAGCAUGUUUCCAACGUUCAGUUCCCAGGAUUUUGCGUUUCGAUCCACGCCACGCCAGAUAAGUACUUCACAGCGGUUGCAACUGCGAACUGCUGAAUUGUCCCCAAUUGCAAGUGAUAGGCGAACCUCAAUCGAGUGUGUUGGUAUGAUAUCGCCAUCGGCUGGAACUGGCAAGUCGCCCUGGACGCCGAGACGAUGUUUAUUAAAACCCGCCGGAAAGACGCGGCAAACACCCCGUCGCUCGCUUGAAGCGCGUUUUAACGACAAUGUUAACGUGUCGCUUUUGUCGACGCAUUCGUGUUGUAAUAAAGCAAGAGAAAUAUAUAAGCAAGAAGAAAAGGCAGAGGUAGAGAAUCUUGCGCACACUGUCCGUAAUGUAUCCGAAUGUAAUCGUGUCGUGAAUUCAAAUGAAGCAACUAUAAAAGAAAGUGAACAUCACAAUCAAAAGGAUCAAUGUCCACAGAGUGAUUAUCAAGAUGCUGGAGAGAUGAAUGUAUCUAUGGAGCCGGAGCAGGUAUAUAGCAGUGAUAGCGAUCCAGACGACAGCAAGAGGAAGGAUAGAGCCGAAGCCAAGACAGAGCUCGAAAAUAAUAAGUUGAGUUAUUAUGUGUCAGGUGAUGCCGAUAUUGGUGAACAGCAGCUUCAGCAGACACAUCUUCGUACCUCGACCCCUAUAUCAUCACAUGCCUCUAUAGUUAAUUAUGAGCUUGGAGAUGAUAACGAUGGUCAUAAUCAGCAACAAAACGGCGUGCAACAAGACAUCGAGAUACAUGAGCGAAAUUUUUUUAUUACAAAUAGCAUUGUUUGCAGUCCAAAUACAAACCAUGCCGACAGCGAAUCCGCGACGGGAGACGACAGAAAUGCCACCAAGCCUUGCCAUUCCCCUGCCAGGAUGUCAGACCAUGCAUCUACAAAGCGCACGAGCACCAAAAAUAACAUAUGCCUUCCAACUGAAAAAUAUCCAGACACUGCUUUAUAUAAGACAUCUUCGCUUGCCAACACGAUAAACUCGUCCUUUCCAGCAUCAAUCACAAGAUAUUCAUCUUACGCAACUAUCAAAGCGUCAUCGGCUAAAAAGAGGACAUAUGCUGGUAUUACGGACUCCUCGGUGAGUCCAACAGCUUCAUCAGCUAAACAAUCGUCACUCACACCUCCUAUUCCUCCCAAGGAUUCAUUUUCAUCUAAAACAGCCUUGUUGCGGAAGCAUAUGAAUCGACGUACGCUGGUGCAUACAAAACUGCCACUAGAAAUGGAAUACCGGUUUGCACGCGAUCGUCGGCGAUGCCAUAGACGUCGAAAGUCUCUUGCUGCAAAGUCAGAUGCAUUCUCGUACGUCGUACCUGAGCUUUUAGUCGAACUGCAGCCUUAUCAAAAGAAAGCAUUAGACUGGAUGCUUCAGAGAGAAAGGGAUAUUGAAGAUCCUGUUACGAUUGACCAGCAGCGCCAUGGCGGUGCGACAGCCGUUGAUGCUCUAGUGGCGAAGGUUCGUGGUGGAAUACUGGCUGAUGAAAUGGGCCUCGGAAAAACUAUAUGUUGCCUUGCCCUUAUAUGUAAAUCACUUCGUCAAGCCCGAGCGGCAUAUACUCAAAUCAGAAGCAAGACAGGUGGCAUGAUACCUCGCCUUACUCCUCCAACACUUAUUGUGACGCCCCUCUCUAUUCUAUCGCAGUGGGAAGAAGAGAUACGAUCCAAAACAAACCUGAGCGUCGUGACAUACCAAGGAACUGCACGAAAAAGAUUUCGCGCCGCUACAGAAUUCAUGGGAGCUGAUAUUGUGCUGUCAACCUACGACACCCUCCGACUUUUGGAGUGCAAAAUAUAUGACAAAUUCAAUCACGACGAGGGUGAGCAUGUUCAUUACGACAGACCUAGUGCAGGGAAUAGAUGGCAUCAAGCGCCACGACUCACUUCAGUAUUAAAGAAGUCUGUGGUGAUGUCGAAAUUGCACCAUUUGCAAUGGUUCAGGGUCAUUUUGGACGAGAGUCAUUUGAUUGCAAACGCUGGCUGCGCUCGAGCACGGGCCGCGUGCACCCUUAGUAGCAAACGUCGGUGGUGCAUUACUGGAACCCCUAUUCAAAAUCGAGCAGCAGAUUUGGCGGCACUACUCCGUUUUAUCGGACUUGGUAACCAUGCACAUACUCUUUCUGAACGAGAAAUAGGUGCUUUGGUGCCCCGUAUUGUCAUGCGUCGGCUUAAGUCGACCGUGGACGCAAAUACUCGACUUCCCAUUCUGAAAAUACCAGAAAAACAUGAAGAGACUAUCGAAUUAGAGUUUUCGUCGGAUGUCGAGCGUGCUCUAUACAUGCUGUUGCAUCGCUCAACGAAACGGCAAGUGUUUUGGUACUUGCAGUCAAGAGAGUCCAAGCGACGUCGUCCUGUGUCUCUUUGUGCUCCGAUCGUAGAUGACGAAGGACAACGACCUUUAUUUAUGCACGUAUUUGAACUUAUCUUGCGACUACGGCAGGUCUGUGAUGCAUGUGCUCUGGUGACUGCAGACCCGCUAGCGGAAGUGCAAUCACGGGCUACUGCAGCAGAAGCAUUAUCUGGGAAUGGAAGUGACGGCACUUCACCAUUUUCUCCAGAUGAAUUGAAAUUGCUCAAGCGCUUGCAGCUUCCCUCGAACUCUGAAGUUGAGGCUGGAUGUCGUCCAUUGGAAUCAACAAAGCUGACUGCAUUAAUGAAAGAGCUAAUAAAAGUGCGAGCUCGUCAAGAGCGAGCGCUGGUGAUUUCACAGUGGACAAGUUUUCUUGAUCUGAUUGCAGAGCGCCUUGAAGCGCACAACCUUCAGUGCGAGAACAAAAUUUCAUCCUUCAAGGAAGGUGACAACGAAGCAAUACUGUUUGCUAAAUUAGACGGUCGAAUGUCCGCUAAGGCUCGAGAACAAGUUGUGCGAAAACUCCAGCAACAGGACGCUGAUGAGAUAAAAACUCCUGGUGGUCCAACGCUUGACGUUUUGCUACUUUCUCUGCGUACAGGCGGACUUGGAUUGAACCUUACAGCUGCCACACACGUUUUUAUUAUGGAACCGAGCUGGAAUCCCAGUCUGGAAUGUCAGGCUAUCGAUCGCGCGCACCGUUUUGGUCAAAAGAGAAAGGUUCGCGUUGUUCGAUUUAUUGUGAAAGGGUCCAUUGAGGAACGCGUAGUGGCGUUGCAAAUCAAAAAGCGUCAACUUACUGCUUCCUUUUUGGGUGAUGGCGACAUUCUGUCGAGAGCUACAAAAAGCAAACUGAGUGACACACGGCUGUCGGCUGGGGAUCUCAGAAGGCUGUUUUUCACACAGCACGAUGACGAGAAAGCACAGCGUUCACAGCAUAAAAAUAGUGAAAAUAUUGACAACGUUGAUUUAAUGAAUCGUGAUGGUGAGAUGGAAGAGAGCGAUUUUGGUGAUAAAGAAGAGAGUGAUGGCAGCUUUCUACGUUCAGUGUUUGAGAUUUAUUGCAUGGUAAGUUUUCGCUGGCGUUUGUUAGAUCGCUUGCUUGUGGGCUCGGACCGCGUAGAUGAUGACGAGGUCGUUGUGAUAUUUGAGGGAAUGGACGCAAUCUUUCGAACAGGUGAAGGAGACACCUUACAAAGAGAUGGAGAAAGCGUCUCAGUGCAGAUUAAGUACGAGUCAUCCAACUCAUUGGAAACUUCGUUGUUUGUGUCGUGA